AUGAAAGGAAAACCAAAACAUAACGUGCUGAACUAUGAGAAUGUGGUGGAGACGGGCUCAGAGAGCGAUGAGGAUGACAGGACAGCAGGAGGAAGAGGAGGGGAGGAUGAAGAGGCGGCCAGCCCUGCCGACGUGCCCUCUCUGGAGGCCUCGCCACGGGUCGCCCAGGCCCUGCUGUCCUACCAAGACCAGGACGGCUCCGACGGACCACUGGACCGGCACCAGGACCAGCAUCACCGCUGGGGGGACGACACCAACGGACACCUGAACGGCAGUGGCGACAGGAAGGACGAUCUGAAAGUUGUCGGUCCGGACACCUCGCUGCACGCCACAGUGAAGCGUUGUAACGGGGUCUCGGAGCUGGACCAGUUCUUCCUGAAGGGGAAGCUGGAGGAGGGAGACGGUCACCCGGCAACUAUCGCCGAGUACCUGCAGCGCAGCGACACCGCGAUCAUUUACCCAGAAGCCCGGAGGAGCUGACGCGUCUCUGCGCCCGAGACCACCGGACCGGACGAGAGCGAACACGAGCUGCUGUCCGGCCCCCCCGAGGACUUCUCGGCCCUGCUGACCUGCCCGUACUGCGAGCGCGGCUACAAGCGUCUGGCGUCUCUGAAGGAGCACAUCAGAUAUCGCCAUGACAACAUCAGAGACACAUUCAGCCUGGACACACACAGCCCCAAGAUAGCAGGUACACACACACACACACACACACACACACACACACACAAGCCGCCGCCGCCACAGCCAGCGCUGCUCAACGAAGGAUCUGGAAACCGCAAGUUCAAAUGCAGCGAGUGUGGAAAAGCUUUCAAGUACAAGCAUCACCUGAAGGAGCAUCUGCGUAUUCACAGCGGCGAGAAGCCGUACGAGUGCUCCAACUGCAAGAAGCGGUUCUCCCACUCCGGCUCCUACAGCUCGCACAUCAGCAGCAAGAAAUGCAUCGGCCCGAUCGCCGUCAACGGACGAGCGUGCAACAGAAACCACGGCAACAAGCCCGGCUCCUCCCCCAACUCCACCACCUCGUCGCCCGGGAGCCCCGCGGCUCUCGCCCAGCUCCGCCACAAGCUGGAGAACGGGCGCCACCAGCAGCCGGCGCUCGCCGCCCCGGAGCCGCUAGACAUCACGGCCGAGCCGAUGGACUUCAGCGAGUACCGGCUGCUGAUGGCGUCCCAGCGCGGCUUCGGGGGGUCCGUCUACAUCAACGGGCGCGGAGGAAGCCCGCUGCAGCAUCUGGCGGCCAUCGGGCUGGACCUGCCGCACUUCUCUGGCUCCGUGAACAACCUGAGCGAGGUGCAGAGGGUGCUGCAGAUCGUGGACAACACCGUGUGCCGGCAGCAGUCGGACGGGCACCCGGAGGAGAUCUCGAAGCUCCGGGCGUACAUGAAGGAACUCGGCGCGCAGAUGGAGGAGCAGCGCCGGGGCUUCCACGGCGGCGGCGGCGGCACGAAGAGCAUCAUCGACUACACGCUGGAGAAGGUCAACGAGGCCAAGAGUCUCAUCGACGACUCCAAGAGGCCAGCGGACGUCAAGAAGGAGAAGCCGAACCACUCCGGCGACUCCGAGGAGAGGUAUCCGGACGGGCAGAACCACUUCUUGCCGUUCUCCUGCCAGUUCUGCAAGGAGGCGUUCCCCGGGCCGAUCCCGCUGCACCAGCACGAGCGCUACAUGUGCAAAAUGAACGAGGAGAUCAAAGCGGUGCUGCAGCCGGCGGAGAGCGUUCCCGUGACGAUACCCUCGGAGAUACCCUCCGGCGUCGAGCGCGCCACCAGCCCCGGCAACCCCUUCAAGGACCACCUGUCUGUUCUCAAGGCGUACUUCGCCAUGAACAAAGAGCCCACCGCAGAGGAACUGCUCAAGAUCUCUAUCGCGGUAGGCCUUCCGCAAGAGUUCGUCAAGGAGUGGUUCGCUCAGUGGAAGAACCAGAACCAGAACCAGAACCAGAACCAGAACAUCCACGGUGGCGCUUCGAGGAAAAGAUCCCCGCCUCCGGACAGCUUUGGCCGCUCGCAGAGGUCUCUCCCUCCCGUGGAUUCCCACCUCGCUAACGGCGAGGCCUCCCACAGAAUCUCGAAGGCCAGCACUCAGACAAGCGGGGACAAACCACUCGAUAACUUGGACCACUUGCGGAGCGACACUCCGUCGCCGCUCAACCUUUCGUCUACUUCCUCCAAAAACUCUCAGAGCAGCUUGUACACUCCGAACAGCGUGGCGUCGGAGGAAGCCCACGGAGAUAUACCACUGGAUCUGUCGCUGCCCAAACACAUCAUGGCUCAGAGGCUCCUGAAGCAACCCAGAGCCAACGGCUUCAUCAACGGCGAGGCGCUGCAUCUCGCCAACAUCAAGAAGGAAGUCCACGGCUCGGACGGGAUCUCCGUGCACCAUCUGGAGAAAAGCCCCAGUCCUAACUUUGGGAUUAAUCCCUUCUACACAUCUCUGCCUCCCCAUGGAGCGUUUCCUCCGCCCACUUUCAUGUCUGCGGCGCAGGCCUCCAUCCCGGGCCUCAGGCCAUACCCGGGCCUCGACCCCAUGACCUUCCUGCCCCACAUGGCCUACACCUACGCCACCGGGGCCGCCACGUUCGCCGAGAUGCAGCAGCGGAGAAAGUACCAGCGGAAACCAGGUUUCCAGGGCGAUUUGCUGGAUGGGACGGUGGACUAUCUGUCAGGCCUGGACGACCUGACGGACAGCGACUCGCUGCUGUCCAGGAAGAAGAUUAAGAAGACUGAAAGUGGUAUGUACGCGUGUGACUUGUGCGACAAAACAUUCCAGAAGACCAGUUCCCUCCUAAGACACAAAUAUGAGCACACAGGGAAGCGGCCCCACCAGUGCCAGAUCUGUAAGAAGGCGUUCAAACACAAGCACCACCUGAUCGAGCACUCGCGGCUCCACUCCGGGGAGAAACCCUACCAGUGCGACAAGUGCGGCAAACGCUUCUCCCACUCGGGCUCGUACUCGCAGCACAUGAACCACCGCUACUCCUACUGCAAGAGGGAGGCCGAGGAGCGCGAGGCCGCCCAGAGGGAGGCGCAGGAGGCCGGGGGGGCACCCGGAGCACCCCCCGGGGAGCCCACCGAGCUCAUGAUGAGGACCACCGCCUUCCUGCAGGGGCUCGGCAGCAUCGGGUACUCCGAGUACUCCGGGGACCCCCAGGACCAGACCCAGGACAUCCUGAGGGACGGGAGCCAGACCACAGGUGGACCGCAGGAACGUUUCAGGGAAGGAGAAGAGGAAGAAGAGGAGGAAGAGGAGGAGGAGGAAGAGGUAGGCAACGAGCGUAAAGGCACGUCGGCGCCGAUGGACGAGAGUUCACGAGAAGAGAAGACAGACGGGAAGUCGGACCAGGAGGACUGAGCCACUGAAAGAGCUUUUAUUUUGAAGGGGGGGAAGGCUGCAGACAGAGACUUUUAUUUUGAAGGGGGGGCUU